AUGUUUCUUUCUUUCUUUCACUUCUUUUCUUUUUUUUUAUUUGUUCUAAUUUAUUUUCUCUUUACUUUAUUUCUUUUUUUUCUUCUUUGUUUUCAAUUGCCUUUACUAAUUUUUGUUUGCUUAUAUAUUAAUUUGUCUUUAUCUUCCUGCAUUAUUCUUUCUUUCUUUCUUUCUUUUUUUCUUUCUUUCUUUCUUUGUACUAACUUCUUUUCCCUUUUUGACUUUCCAUUCGUCUUUCUUUAUUUAUUUAUACCUCUCACCUUCCAUAGCUGCAAAGAAUCAUGUCAUGGCAUAUGUGAGGGAGGGAGCCGAAAUAUCUUCAUCUCUUUCAUAAUAAUCUUUUCCAUAACCAAAGUAGGUUACUUGCAUUACGUUGACUCUCUAUCUAUCUGUAAGUCACGUAUGGGACGAUUGACAUCAUAUCUAUCUAUCUAUCUAUCUAUCUAUCUAUCCAUCUCCCUUUAUUCAUAUCUAUCUCUACACGCACACACCCACAUAUCUGUUUACAUCCGUCAUUUCAUAUUUGACUAUCUAUGUAAUUUUCCUUUGUUCAUAUCUAUCUAUCUCCACACACACACACUCAUAUAUAUAUACAAGAUUUUUUUGGAAAGUUCCUUGUCUUGA